CAUUUUAUCUUCUGAUAUACGUCGUGUACAUGAUCCUAGCUGCAACAGCCACCUCCAAAGCACAAGUUAUAAAUGGAAGUAGUCUCAGUGCAGAAGGGCGACUGAUCAGGGACAUGGUUGAUUCUGGCUACGACUCUAGAGAGAGACCGUUUCGUAACAAUCUCGAUGUCGUCUAUGUGGAUGUGCUCUUCGUCCUAUUUGCGUUGUUUGAACUGGAUGUCCGUCGGCAAGUUAUAAGUGGAUCAGCAUGGAUCGAAUUGAUGUGGGAAGAUCCAAGACUGUCAUGGAAUGAGACGGAGUAUGACGGGAUUCAGUAUCUCAAUCUUGACCCGGAAACGAUCUGGAUGCCACGGGUGAUCAUGCAGAAUUCUGCAAUGGAAUCGGUGGAGGACCCGUUCGCCAUGCAUCACAGCUACGCGAUCAUCUUCUCCGACGGUUACGUCCGGAUCACAGUACCAACCCGUUUCGUCACAUUCUGUCUCACCAACGUCGUUAACUUCCCGUUCGACAACCAGACAUGUACCGUAACAGUCAGCAGCCCGAGCAUGCCUGGUGCUUCAUUCACGCCCCGGUACCUGACGUCGAAGAUGGGGAACGUCGCGAGCAACCAGUGGGAGAUCGGCCUCGGUGACGUGUACGAGAGUGCCCACAUGGACCCGAGGAUCAACAUGAACUACUCCAAGGUCCACUUUGAGAUCACCCUGAAGCGAAAGCCGUAUUAUUUCGUCAUCAACCUCGUGCUGCCCUCGUCCUUGAUCAACGCGAUGUCUCUGAUCGCGUUCUGGGUACCUCUGGACUCGGGAGAGAAACUCCCGACGGCCGUUUCGCUUCUGCUCGGCGUGGUCGUCUUCCAGAUCGUCGUGACCGAUAUGCUUCCGGUCAGCGAUGGCCAAAUGCCGUUGCUCGCUCGGUACAUCUUCGUCAACUUCCUCGUGUCUUGCGGUUGCGUCCUCAGCUGCGUGAUAACUCUCAACGUCUACAAGUGCCCGCGCAAGUUAAGAAGCCGUUUUUGGUGGUCUUUCUGGUUCAACUUCCUGGCAAAGAUUGUCUGCAUACGAAACGACUUCAGCAAAGACGAAAGGGAACCCGUUGCUGUAGACAAUCAACCAGCACCUGGAGAAAUCGGCACUGGUCAGUUGCUAUGGAGAUACAGGCACGGCAGGGGCAUUCCAAACGGUAACCAUAGCAACCCAUCAUUGCCGCCAAGUAGCCCACCAUCCAAUGACAGGUGUCCAUCACAGACCAGCGUUCCAUCGACUUCGGGAAAGGAGCAAAAAAGGAACGAUGAAAAGGAGGAAAGAACGGAAAUGGAGGUCGUCGCCGAGAUCAUCAACCGGUUCAUCUUUCUCUUGUUCUUCAUCUUGUACUUAUUUUUCUUGAUCUAUUGGUUCGUUCUGCAGAACUUCCCAUCCUCGCCUAUUUCUACCUGA